AUGGCGUCGAGUGGCGGCUCCUCGGGGCCCGGCUGGGAGGUGGCGGUGCGCCCUCUCCUGUCUGCCUCCUACACCGCGUUUGACAUGAAGGAGCUGCCGCAGCUGCUGUCCUCCGUGAUAGAGAGCGAAUCUGAGAUUCUGCACCAUGACAAACAGUACGAACCUUUCUACUCUUCCUUUGUGGCUUUGUCCACUCACUACAUCGUCACUGUCUGCAACCAGAUUCCCAGGAACCAGCUACAGUCUGUGGCUGCAGCCUGCAAAGUCCUGCUCGAGUUUUCCGUGCUCCGGCUGGAGAGCCCCGACGAGGCCUGUGCGGUGUCCCAGAAGCACCUGAUUCUCCUGAUUAAAGGUCUCUGUACCGGCACCAGCCGCCUGGAUCGCACAGAGAUCAUCACUUUUACUGCAAUGAUGAAAUCCUCUAAACUCCCCCAGACUGUACAGACUCUGUCGGAUGUGGAGGAUCAGAAAGAAAUUGCGGUCCUGCUGAGUCCCGAGCUGCGCCAGAAGGAGGUGAAAAUGAACUUUAUCAACCAACUGAAGUCUGUGUUUAAUCCCAGGAGCUCGACUUUACCAUCGACCCAGUCACACACGCAGGUGGAGACCGAGGGAGACGACACAAGUUCUGAUCAAGCAUCUGCUGCUAAAACCAAGAGCACCUUCAUAGCCCAGAAUGUGGUCAGUCUUCAGGAGCUGGGUGGGUCGGAGAAGUUGCUGAGAGUCUGCCUGAACCUACCUUACUUCCUGAGAUACAUUAAUCGUUUCCAGGAUGCCGUAUCAGCCAACUCCUUUUUCAUAAUGCCGGCGACAGUGGGAGACGCCACCGCCGUCCGUAAUGGGUUCCAUUCCCUUGUGAUUGACGUGACAAUGGCCCUGGACACACUGUCCCUCCCAGUCAUGGAGCCUCUGACUCCUCCUCGGCUGAAAGACGUCACCCUCCUGGCCCUGAGCUGCCUGUACGCAGGUGUCAGCGUCGCUGCGUGCAUGGCUAUUCUCCACGUUGGCGGUACCCAGCAGGUCCGGACUGGCUCUACAAGCUGCAAAGAGGAGGACUACGAGAACGACGCUGCCACCAUAGUGCAGAAAUGUUUGGAAAUCUAUGAGAUGAUCGGCCAAGCCAUAAACAGCUCCAGGCGUGCCGGAGGAGAGCAUUACCAGAACUUCCAGCUCCUGGGUGCCUGGUGCUUGGUGAAUAGUCUGUAUCUGAUCCUCAACCUCAGCCCUACAGCCCUGGCAGACAAAGGGAAGGAGAAAGAUCCGCUGGCAGCCCUUCGCGUCCGGGACAUUACGCGAGCCAAAGAAGGGGCGGGCUCCCCAAAGCUGGGUCCUGGCAAGGGGCACCAGGGGUUUGGAGUCCUGUCGGUCGUGCUGGCGAACCAUGCUAUAAAACUGCUCACCUCUCUCUUCCAAGACCUGCAAGUGGAGACCCUGCACAAGCAAACUUGGGACACAGACGGUCCCCUCGCCGAGCUCAGCGUCUCAGCCCAGAGCACGUCUAUCCAGAGGAUUCAGCGUCUCAUCGACUCCAUUCCCCUGACAAACUUAAUGUUCACGAUUCUGUCCACAUCCUACCGCAAGGCCUGUGUAUUACAACGGCAGAGGAAGGGGUCUGUGAGCAGCGAUGCCAGCGCCUCCACUGAUUCCAACACAUACUAUGAAGAUGACUUCAGCAGCACAGAGGAAGACAGCAGCCAAGAUGAUGACAGCGAGCCUAUCCUGGGGCAGUGGUUUGAAGAGACUAUCUCCCCAACUAAAGAGAAGGUGCCACCUCCACCCCCACCGCCGCCUCCUCUUGAGAGUUCGCCUAGAGCCAAAAGUCCCAGCAAGCAACACCCUGCUGGAAACGGCAAUAUCCUGGCCAGUCGCAAGGACCCAGAACUGUUUCUCAGUCUCGCAUCCAACACAUUGAACUUCAUCACCAGCUGCAUGCUGAACUCCCGCAGCAACUUCAUCCGCAACUACCUGAGCGUGUCACUGACCGAGCAGCACAUGUCCACCCUGGCCUGUAUCAUCAAGGACGUGGAUAAGGACGGCCUGAAAGGCUCAUCCGAUGAGGACUUUGCCGUCGCACUGUACCAGUUUAAUCACUGUCUGGUGACCUCUGAUCUCCAGUCUCCAACACUACAGAGCGCCCUCCUGCAGCAGCUUGGAAUCGCACCUCUGAGCGAGGGACCGUGGCCCCUUUACAUACACCCACAAAGUCUUUCUGUGCUGUCCCGCCUCCUGUUGCUCUGGCAGCAUAAAGCCAGCAUUCAAGGAGAGCCAGAUAUCGUGGAAUGUCUCCGCGUCUGGGAGAGAUUUGUUGGGACCCUCAAACAGAACAUCCUGCAGGGAGUGGUCCCAGGAGACGUAGAAGAUGUCAAUGUGGAUCACCUCCAGCUUCUUCUCUUGAUCUUCCACAAUCUAUCAGACAAGGGGCGCCAGACCAUCCUGUUACUGGUUAUUCAGACUCUGCAGGACCUGGCCAGCAAUCUGGAGUCCCAGCUGCCAGCCGUGCCCCUCCUGCUUGCAAGGCUGCUGCUUGUGUUUGAUUACCUCCUGCACCAGUACUCCAAGCCCCCACUCUACCUGUUUGAGCAGGUGCAGUACAAUCUAUUAACCCCUCCGCUUGGCUCUGGGACGUCGCAGGAAGGGAGUUGCCGCACCUCAGCUGUGUACUAUGGGUUUAAAGAAGUAGAAGAGAAUUGGUCCAAACAUUGCACAGCCGAUGCUGCUCCACAGCCCCGCUUCUACAGCAUCCUCUCACAGGAAGCCUCUGAAGAUGACCUACACAGGCUUGAUACUGAAGUGUGUGAGGUCCUCUUCUCUCGAGCAUUGAAGUACGAUGACCUGUACACGGCCCUCAUCUCAUUACUGGCUGCAGGAUCCCAGUUUGAUACAGUUCGGAGAAACGAGAACAAGAGCAUCACUGCCCUGGAGGCAUGUGCUCUUCAGUAUCACUUCCUUAUACUGUGGAGGAUUCUGGGAAUAUUGCCUCCUUCCAUGCACUACAUGAAGCAGCUGUCCCUGAAUGUAUCCGCGCCUAGCGAAUGCGAGAUCUUGCACACUUUGCGCUGGGCGUCACGACUCAAAGUACCGUCAUACCAGCUGUGGAUCAAGGACCAUCUUGUGAAGCAGGGAAUGAAGCCCGAGCAAGCCGAGUCACUGACGGAACAAACCUCAACCAAAUGCAACUCUAUAAAGUAUGACGUAGAGGUGGCGGAAGAGUACAUCGCCCAACAGAUCUCAACUUACUGCAGCUCUAACGGGUACACAUUUGAGCAGCUGCGGAAGGGCCCAAACCUUCAGUGCAUUUAUACUUUGGAUGCAGUGAUCUGCAAGGUGCAAGUGUCUCUAGAUGAGCAUUUCUCCAAAUUGUCAGCGGAGAGCGACCCGCAGAAAUCCUCGCAGGUGGCUAAGAACCUACUGCCAGCUGCGUUACAGCUGCUUGAUAUGUACGCCUCCCUGACCCGCUGUUACCUGCUCCGGAGCCUGCCCGAGGAAGGAGCCGAUGAGAAGAAGCUGCAGGGCUACGGGGCCGUGUUGGCCAUCGGCUCUGCCCGCUGCAAAGCCAACACACUGGGUCCUGUGUUGAUCCAGAACCUUCCCACCGCUGUACAGACCUUGUGUGAGUCUUGGAACAAUAUCCACACCAACGAGUUCCCCAGUAUUGGCUCAUGGCGCAACGCUUUUGCCAAUGACACUAUUCCAUCGGAGAGCUACAUUGGAGCAGUGCAGGCAGCUCACCUGGGCACCCUGUGCAGCCCCAGCCUCUCUCUCGCCGCGUCACUCAAGCAUGUUCUUUUGUCCUUGGUCAGGCUGACUGGUGACCUCAUAGUGUGGUGCCCGGAAGACAUGAACAGCCGCCAGCUAAUCCAGUCCUUGCUGUUCCUUCUUCUGGAGAGCAGCACAGAGAGUGUGGCGGAUCUGUGCAGUACGUCCCUGGAGAGAGUCCUCGGACCUGCCGAGUCUGAUGAGUUCCUGUCCCGGGUGUAUGAGAAGCUGAUCACAGGGUGUUACAAUAUCCUCGCCCACCACUCCGACCCCAGCAGCGGCCUGGAUGAGUCCAUUCUGGAGGAAUGUCUGCAGUUCCUGGAGAAGCAGCUGGAGACCAGCCAGACCCGCAAAGCCAUGGAAGAGUUCUUUACCGAGAGAGGAGAACUGGUGCAGAUUAUGAUGGCCACUGCAAAUGAAUCCCUCUCGGCCAAGUUCUGUAACCGAGUACUGAAGCUGUUUACCAAGCUCUUCCAGCUGACCGAGAAGAACCCAAGCCCCAGUCUGCUGCACCUUUGCGGGACUCUGGCUCAGCUUGCCUGUGUGGAGCCUACGCAGUUACAGUCCUGGCUGGUCCGUAUGACGACUCCCCCUCCCAAGGACUCUGACCAGACGGAGAUAGUCCAGGAAAAUCGUCAGUUACUCCAGCUGCUCACUGCUUACAUUGUGAGAGAGAACAGCCAAGUCGGCGAAGGUGUGUGCACAGUCCUACUCAGCACUCUCAUCCCUAUGGCCACAGAGCUGCUAAACAACGGUGAUGGGACUGGUUUUCCGGAGCUGAUGGUUGUGAUGGCCACUCUGGCCGGUGCAGGACAAGGUGCUGGACACCUUCAGCUGCACCAUGCAGCCAUGGACUGGCUGGCAAGAUGUAAGAAGUAUCUCUCCCAGAAGAACGUGGUGGAAAAGUUGAGCAACAAUGUGAUGCAGGGGAAGCAUGUGACCAUCCUGGAGUGUACGUGUCAUAUCGUGUCGUACUUGGCUGACGUUACCAGUGCGCUGAGUCACAACUCGGGACAAGGCCACUGUCACCUCCCUGUGGACGGAGAGGAGCGGGCGAUAGAGGUGGAUUCAGACUGGGUAGAAGAGCUGGCUGUUGAAGAGGACGAUUCUCAGGCUGAAGAUUCUGAUGAAGAUUCUCUGUGUAACAAGCUAUGUACGUUCACCAUCACUCAGAAAGAGUUCAUGAAUCAGCACUGGUAUCACUGCCACACCUGUAAGAUGGUGGACGGUGUGGGUGUGUGCACUGUGUGCGCCAAAGUCUGCCACAAAGACCAUGAGAUUUCCUAUGCAAAGUAUGGCUCGUUCUUCUGCGACUGCGGAGCCAAAGAGGACGGCAGCUGCAUGGCUCUGGUGAAGAGAACCCCCAGCAGCGGAAUAGGAUCUACCAUGAAGGAAUCUGCCUUCCAGAGCGAGCCUCGCCUCCCUGAAAGCGCCAUCCGACUCCCUGGCUCCGCUCUUACCGACAAGGGGAAGGUGACAAUUGGUGACGGCAAGGGCGACGACGAGAAGCCAAAACGGAGCAGCUUGUGCCGCAACGUUGAGGGCUGCAGGGAAGAGCUGAUGUGCCAAGUAAACACCUCGUUUGCACCCCUGAUUCUGGACAUGCUAAACUUCAUGAUGGAGGCCAUACGGAACAACUUCCAGCAGGCCUCUGCCGUGGGCAGCAGCAGCCGGGCUCAGCAGGCUCUAGACCAGCUGCACUCUCUGGAAAAGAGCGUGGAGAUGACCGACCAGCUGAUGGUUCCUACUCUGGGCUCUCAGGAAGGAGCCUUUGAGAAUGUAAGAAUGAAUUACAGCGGAGAUCAGGGGCAAACCAUCCGCCAGCUGAUCAGCGCCCACGUGUUGCGCAGGGUUGCGAUGUGCGUCUUGUCUUCGCCUCACGGCCGAAGGCAACAUCUUGCGGUCAGCCAUGAGAAGGGAAAGAUCACAGUGUUACAGCUCUCUGCCUUACUGAAACAAGCGGAUUCUAGCAAAAGGAAACUCACCUUGACCCGCUUGGCGUCUGCCCCGGUCCCCUUCACCGUUCUCAGUCUGACCGGUAACCCCUGCAAGGAGGAUUAUCUGGCUGUAUGUGGACUCAAGGACUGCCACGUCCUCACGUUCAGCAGCUCGGGCUCUGUGUCAGAUCACUUAGUGCUGCACCCUCAGCUGGCAACCGGCAACUUCAUCAUCAAAGCCGUGUGGCUGCCAGGCUCCCAGACGGAGCUGGCCAUUGUUACUGCAGAUUUUGUGAAGGUUUAUGAUCUGUCGUCGGACGCGCUGAGCCCGACUUUUUAUUUCCUGCUGCCCAGCUCUAAGAUCCGAGAUGUCACCUUCCUGUUCAAUGAAGAGGGGAAAAAUAUUAUCGUCAUCAUGUCUUCUGCGGGAUACGUGUACACUCAGCUAAUGGAGGAGUCCAGUAGCGCCAAACACGGGCCCUUUUAUGUCACCAACGUCCUGGAAGUCAACGAUGAAGACUUAAAGGAUAGUAACGGGCAGGUCGCUGGUGGGGGAGUAUCCGUCUAUUACUCCCAUGUACUCCAGAUGCUCUUUUUCAGUUACUGCCAGGGCAAAUCCUUUGCCGCCACCAUAAACCGGUCUUCUCUGGAGAUAAUACUGCUUUUCCCGAUUAACAUGAAAAGUUCAAACGGGGGAAGCAAAACCUCGCCUGCGCUCUGCCAGUGGUCCGAAGUCAUGAACCACCCCGGGUUAGUGUGCUGCGUUCAGCAAACCACAGGGGUCCCUCUAGUGGUCAUGGUCAAACCAGACAGCUUUCUCAUUCAGGAGAUCAAGACCUUGCCAGCUAAAGCCAAAAUUCAGGAUAUGGUGGCCAUACGACACACGGCCAGCAACGACCAGCAGAGGACGACCAUGAUUCUCUUGUGUGAAGACGGCAGCCUGCGUAUCUAUAUGGCGAACGUGGAGAACACCUCGUACUGGCUUCAGCCCUCCCUGCAGCCCAGCAGCAGCAUCAGUAUCAUGAAACCCGUGCGCAAGCGUAAACCGGCUGCCGUCAUGACGCGUGCCUCCAGCCAGCUGACCUUCCCCAUUGAUUUCUUUGAGCACAACCAGCAGCUAACAGACGUGGAGUUUGGAGGGAACGAUCUCCUCCAGUUGUACAAUGCGCAACAGAUAAAACACCGCCUCAAUUCCACCGGGAUGUAUGUGGCCAACACAAAGCCUGGAGGCUUCACUGUAGAGGUUUCCAAUAACAACAGCACAAUGGUGAUGACUGGUAUGCGCCUCCAGAUCGGCACACAGGCCAUCGAGAGAGCCCCUUCCUAUAUUGAGAUGUUUGGACGGACGAUGCAGCUUAAUCUGAGCCGGGCGAGAUGGUUCGACUUUCCUUUCACGCGGGAGGAAGCGUUACAGGCUGACAAAAAGCUGACCAUAUUCAUCGGAGCCUCGGUGGAUCCAGCCGGUGUUACCAUGAUAGAUGCUAUUAAGAUUUAUGGAAAGACCAAGGAACAGUUUGGCUGGCCGGACGAGCCCCCAGAAGAGUUCCCCUCUGCAUCCGUGAGCAGCGUCUGCCCCCCAAACUUGAACCAAGGCAAUGGGUCAACGGAUGGGGAGACUACAACGCAGCCCUCCACUAACGGCACGGUCAUAGAAAGGUUGGUGGGAAGUUCUUUGGAAGCUCUAGAAAGCUGUUUUGCCUUUGGAGCAGUUCCUGAGAAGGAGAAGAACAAGUCUUCAGCCCUGGAGCUGGCUACAGUCCUGCUGUCCAUGCCUACUCCGGCCAGUGUCCAACUGCAGACGAAGAGCCUCUUGGCUAGUCUGCACACUAGCCGCUCAGCAUACCACAACCACAAGGAUCAAGCUUUGCUGAGCAACGCAGUCCAGUGCUUGAACGCCUGCAGCCGGGAUGGGAAGGACUUAGAUCCAGAAGUAUUCCAGAGACUGGUAAUUACUGCGCGUUCCAUCGCCAUCAUGCGCCCAAAUAACCUCGUCCACUACACAGAUUCCAAGGUCCCUGCAGGAGAGACAGAUAAUAAUGACGAAGGCAAAGAGGUUCUGGCGGGCAGCGAAGGAGAAAGUUACGGAUUCAUCACACAACUCGUCAACCAGUUCUGGAAAGUGCAUGCAUCUAAGCCCAAGAAUGCCUUCCUGGCGCCUGCUUGUCUGCCCGGGCUCACCCAUGUGGAAGCCACCGUCAGUGCCUUGGUGGACAUUAUACACGGAUAUUGCACGUGCGAACUGGACUGUAUAAACUUGGCCUCCAAGAUCUACAUGCAGAUGUUACUGUGCCCGGAUCCAGCAGUGAGUUUCUCCUGCAAACAGGGUUUGAUCCGCGUCCUCCGUCCUCGGAACAAGCGACGUCACGUGACCCUUCCGUCCUCUCCACGUAGCAACACGCCCAUGGGAGACAAGGACGAUGACGACGACGAUGAGGCUGAAGACAAAAUGCAGACCUCUGGAAUCCCGAAUGGUGAACACGUGCGUCAGCAGAGCCAAGAGCAGAAUGAGGUGGACCACGGGGACUUUGAGAUGGUGUCUGAGUCUAUGGUCCUUGAGAGUGCGGACAGUGUGAACAACGGUAACCCCUCGCCGCUGGAGGCUCUUCUUGCGGGAUCGGAGGGCUUCCCGCCAAUGCUGGACAUUCCCCCCGAUGCGGAUGAUGAGACCAUGGUGGAGUUGGCAAUUGCUCUUAGCUUGCAGCAGGACCAGCAGGGCAGUAGCAGUAGCGCCCUGGGACUCCAGAGUUUGGGGCUUUCGGGACAGGCACCAAGCUCAUCUUCCUUAGAUGCCGGGACGUUGUCCGACACCACUGCAUCAGCUCCAGCAUCGGAUGACGAAGGCAGCACGGCGGCGACCGACGGUUCCACGCUGCGCACUUCCCCAGCCGAUCACGGAGGCAGCGUGGGUUCGGAGAGUGGUGCGAGUGCCGUGGAUUCGGUAGCUGGUGAGCAUAGUGUCUCAGGCCGAAGCAGUGCAUAUGGGGACACAGCGGUUGAGGGGCAUCCUACUGGACCGGGAAGUAUCAGUUCUAGCACUGGAGCAAUCAGCACCACAACCGGUCAACAUGAAGGUGAAGGGUCAGAAGGAGAAGGAGAGACGGAAGGCGACGCACACACCAGCAACAGACUUCACACGGUGCAGUUGAUGCUGCUGGAGCGCCUUCUUCAGUCUAUGCACCACCUCCGGGGUGUGGGCGGGGUCCGUGCUAUCCCCUACAUGCAGGUGGUCCUGAUGCUGACCGCUGAUCUAGAUGGAGAAGAUGAGAAGGAUAAAGGUGCCUUAGAUAACCUCCUCUCCCAGCUCAUUGCAGAGCUAGGUUUAGAUAAGAAGGAUGUCUCCAAGAAGAACGAGCGGACGCCUUUGAAUGAAGUCCAUCUUGUGGUUAUGAGGCUCUUGAGUGUCUUCAUGUCCAGGACGAAAUCUGGUUCCAAAUCGUCUAUUUGUGAGUCGUCCUCUCUGAUCUCCAGCGCGACGGCGACUGCCUUGCUGAGCUCAGGGGCUGUGGAUUAUUGUCUCCAUGUGCUCAAGUCUCUCCUGGACUAUUGGAAGAGUCAGCAGAGCGACGAGGAGCCCGUGGCUACCAGCCAACUCCUGAAACCCCACACCACUUCAUCCCCCCCUGAUAUGAGCCCAUUCUUCCUCCGCCAGUAUGUCAAGGGCCAUGCCGCUGACGUUUUCCAGGCCUACACUCAGCUUCUCACAGAGAUGGUCCUACGCCUGCCAUAUCAGAUUAAGAAAAUCGCUGAUACAAACUCUCGAAUCCCACCACCAGUCUUUGAUCAUUCCUGGUUCUACUUCCUGUCUGAGUACCUAAUGAUUCAGCAGACGCCGUUUGUUCGCCGCCAAGUGCGCAAACUCCUUCUGUUUAUUUGUGGCUCAAAAGAGAAAUACCGCCAGCUGCGAGACCUUCACACGCUCGAUUCCCAUGUCCGAGGUAUCAAGAAGUUGCUUGAAGAGCAUGGCAUUUUCUUGCGUGCGAACGUAGUGACCGCUAGCUCCGGAUCUGCGCUACAGUAUGACACUCUGAUCAAUCUGAUGGAGCAUCUCAAAGCCUGUGCUGAAAUCGCAUCCCAACGGACGGUCAACUGGCAGAAGUUCUGCAUCAAAGAUGACUCCGUGCUGUACUUCCUGCUUCAAGUCAGCUUUUUGGUGGAUGAAGGCGUGUCUCCGGUUCUGCUGCAGCUGCUGUCCUGUGCUCUGUGUGGUAGCAAAGUUCUCUCCGCAUCUUCAUCCUCUGGUUCUGCCACCACUCAUUCCUCUGGGUCCGGGCAGCCGGGAGCGCAGACCAAGUCAUCCACCAAGAAGAGUAAGAAAGAAGAGAAGGACAAGGAGAAGGAUGGUGAGGGAUCGAACAGUCAGGAAGAACAGCUCUGCACAGCGCUCGUCAACCAGCUAAAUAAAUUCGCUGAUAAAGAAACUUUGAUCCAGUUCCUGCGCUGCUUCCUCCUGGAGUCUAAUGCUUCGUCAGUCCGCUGGCAGGCUCACUGUCUAGCUCUGCACAUCUACAGGAACUCAAACAAGUCCCAGCAGGAGCUCCUCUUAGACCUGAUGUGGUCCAUUUGGCCAGAACUCCCGGCAUACGGGCGCAAAGCUGCUCAGUUUGUGGACCUCCUUGGUUACUUCUCAUUAAAGACCCCUCAGACGGAAAAGAAGUUUAAGGAAUAUUCCCAAAAGGCCGUUGAGAUCCUCCGAGCCCAAAACCACAUUCUGACCAACCACCCCAACUCCAAUAUCUACAACACCCUCUCUGGCUUGGUGGAGUUUGACGGCUAUUACCUGGAAAGUGAUCCUUGUCUAGUUUGCAACAACCCUGAAGUUCCAUUGUGUAACAUCAAACUUUCGUCCAUUAAAGUGGACACCCGCUACACCACUACUCAGCAAGUGGUCAAGCUCAUCGGCAGCCACACAAUCAGCAAAGUGACCGUGAAGAUUGGGGACUUAAAGCGCACUAAGAUGGUCCGAACGAUCAACUUGUACUACAACAACCGCACAGUGCAGGCCAUUGUGGAACUGAAGAACAAGCCCGCUCGCUGGCACAAAGCUAAGAAGGUGCAGCUGACUCCGGGACAGACAGAGGUGAAGAUUGAUCUCCCACUUCCCAUUGUUGCUUCCAACUUGAUGAUUGAGUUUGCCGACUUUUACGAGAACUACCAGGCCUCUUCGGAGACUCUCCAGUGCCCUCGAUGCAGUGCCUCUGUUCCAGCAAAUCCCGGCGUGUGCGGGAACUGCGGUGAAAAUGUCUACCAGUGUCACAAGUGCAGAUCCAUUAACUACGACGAGAAGGAUCCGUUCCUGUGCAAUGCCUGUGGCUUCUGCAAGUACGCCCGCUUUGACUUCAUGCUGUACGCCAGGCCCUGCUGUGCCGUAGACCCCAUAGAGAAUGAGGAGGAUCGGAAGAAGGCUGUAACAAACAUUAACACUUUGCUGGACAAAGCCGACCGUGUCUACCAUCAACUUAUGGGCCACCGGCCACAGCUAGAGAACCUUCUUUAUAAAGUCAAUGAAGCUGCCCCAGAGAAGCCCCAGGAUGAUUCCGCCAGUGCCGGGGGAAUAAGCUCCACGUCGGCCAGCGUCAAUCGCUACAUCUUGCAACUGGCCCAGGAAUACUGCGGAGACUGCAAAAACUCUUUCGACGAGCUUUCAAAAAUCAUACAGAAAGUCUUUGCUUCUCGUAAGGAGCUUCUGGAGUACGAUCUGCAGCAAAGAGAAGCGGCCACCAGAUCGUCCCGCACAACCGUGCAGCCCACCUUCACCGCCAGCCAGUACAGAGCCUUGUCCGUGCUUGGGUGCGGCCACACCUCCUCCACCAAGUGUUACGGUUGCGCCUCCGCUGUGACCGAGCACUGCAUCACCCAGCUACGUGCGCUGGCUACCAAUAGCACCAUACGGCAUAUCCUGGUAUCGCAGGGCCUCAUCCGGGAGCUAUUUGAUUACAAUCUCCGCCGCGGCCCCGCAGCUAUGCGCGACGAGGUCCGGCAGGUCAUGUGCCUCCUCACCAGGGACAAUCCAGAAGCCACCCAGCAGAUGAACAAUUUGAUCAUCAAUAAAGUCUCAGCGGCUCUGAAAGGACACUGGGCAAAUCCCGACCUGGCCAGCAGUCUGCAGUAUGAGAUGCUGCUCCUCACAGAUUCCAUAUCCAAGGAGGAUAGUUGCUGGGAGCUACGCCUACGCUGUGCUCUCAGCCUAUUCUUAAUGUCCGUCAACAUCAAGACCCCUGUCGUGGUGGAAAACAUCACGCUAAUGUGCCUGAGAAUCCUGCAGAAACUCAUUAAACCACCCACCCCAUCCAGCAAGAAGAACAAGGACGUGCCCGUGGAGGCGCUAACGACUGUCAAGCCGUACAGCAAUGAGAUCCACGCACAGGCUCAGCUCUGGCUCAAGAGGGACCCCAAAGCAUCUUAUGAGGCCUGGAAGAAGUGCCUGCCAGCCCGAGGUAUAGACGUUAGUGGGAAGACGCCCAGCAAAGUUGAGCUGAGGCAGAUGUACCUGCAGGAGAAGUAUGUGUGGAAGUGGAAACAGCUGCUGAGCAGGAAGGGCAAACGCACGACUCCGCUGGACCUCAAGCUGGGGCAUAACAACUGGCUGAGACAGGUGUUGUUCACACCGGCCACCCAGGCAGCGCGACAGGCCGCGUGCACCAUUGUGGAGGCCCUGGCGACUAUUCCCAGCCGCAGACAGCAGGUCCUGGAUCUUCUCACCAGCUAUUUGGAUGAGUUAAGUGUCGCCGGAGAGUGCGCUGCCGAGUACCUCGCUUUAUAUCAGAAGCUGAUCAAGCCGGCUCACUGGAAGGUGUAUCUGGCGGCGCGGGGCGUCCUGCCGUAUGUGGGAAAUCUCAUCACCAAGGAGAUUGCCCGGCUGCUGGCUCUGGAGGAGGCGACGCUCAGUACCGACCUGCAGCAGGGGUAUGCCUUAAAGAGCCUGACAGGCCUCUUGUCCUCCUUUGUGGAGGUGGAAUCCAUCAAGCGGCACUUCAAGAGCCGCCUGGUUGGCACGGUGCUGAACGGGUACCUCUGCCUGAGGAAGCUGGUGGUGCAGAGAACCAAGCUGAUCGAUGAGACUCAGGACAUGUUGCUGGAGAUGCUAGAAGACAUGACAACCGGCACAGAGUCAGAAACCAAGGCGUUCAUGGCGGUGUGCAUCGAGACAGCCAAGCGCUACAGCCUGGACGAUUACAGGACGCCCGUGUUUAUAUUUGAGAGGCUGUGCAGCAUCAUAUAUCCGGAGGAGAAUGAAGUGACAGAGUUCUUUGUAACCCUUGAGAAAGACCCGCAGCAAGAAGACUUCCUGCAGGGCCGGAUGCCCGGGAACCCGUACAGCAGUAAUGAGCCGGGCAUCGGACCCCUAAUGAGAGACAUCAAGAAUAAGAUCUGCCAGGACUGUGACCUUGUGGCCUUGUUAGAGGAUGACAGCGGGAUGGAGCUUUUGGUGAACAACAAGAUCAUCAGUCUGGACCUGCCUGUGGCCGAAGUAUACAAGAAGGUCUGGUGUCCCACUAAUGAGGGUGAGCCAAUGAGAAUUAUUUAUCGAAUGCGGGGCCUUUUGGGGGAUGCUACAGAAGAAUUCAUAGAGAGUUUGGACUCAACAACAGAUGAGGAGGAAGAUGAAGAGGAAGUGUACAAAAUGGCUGGUGUAAUGGCGCAGUGCGGAGGACUGGAAUGUAUGCUGAACCGUUUGGCUGGCAUCAAGGACUUCAAGCAAGGGCGCCAUCUACUAACAGUCCUCCUGAAGCUCUUCAGUUAUUGUGUGAAGGUGAAAGUGAAUCGCCAGCAGCUGGUGAAGCCGGAGAUGAACACCCUGAACGUCAUGCUAGGCACCCUGAACUUGGCCCUGGUGGCUGAGCAGGAGAGUAAGGACAGUGGUGGAGCAGUAGUGGCAGAACAGGUUCUGAGUAUUAUGGAGAUUAUACUGGAUGAGUCCAAUGCAGAACCACUGAGUGAGGACAAGGGGAACUUGUUACUCACCGGAGACAAGGAUCAGCUGGUGAUGCUGCUGGAUCAAAUCAACAGCACCUUCGUGCGUUCUAACCCCAGCGUCCUGCAGGGCCUGUUGCGCAUCAUCCCCUACCUGUCGUUCGGCGAGAUGGAGAAGAUGCAAAUCCUGGUGGAUCGCUUCAAACCGUACUGCACGUUCGAGAAGUACGACGAUGAGCACUGUGCAGAUGACAAGGUGUUCCUGGACUGUUUCUGUAAGAUAGCAGCGGGCAUCAAGAACAACAGCAACGGCCACCAGCUGAAGGACCUCAUCCUGCAAAAAGGGAUCACGCAGAACGCCCUGGACUACAUGAAGAAGCACAUUCCUAGCGCCAAGAAUUUGGAUGCUGAUAUCUGGAAGAAGUUCCUUUCCCGACCCGCUCUCCCCUUUAUUCUGAGGUUGCUGAGAGGACUGGCCAUCCAGCACACCCCCACACAGGCCCUCAUCGGCACAGACUCCAUCACAAACCUCCACAAACUAGAACAAGUGUCCAGCGACGAGGGAAUCGGGACCCUGGCGGAGAACCUGCUGGAGGCUCUGAGAGAACAUCCUGACGUCAAUAAGAAAAUAGAUGCAGCCAGGAAAGAAACGCGAGCGGAGAAGAAGCGGAUGGCCAUGGCGAUGAGGCAGAAAGCACUGGGAACGCUGGGAAUGACCACCAACGAGAAGGGGCAGGUGGUGACGAAGACGGCUCUUCUCAAACAGAUGGAAGAACUGAUAGAGGAGCCGGGACUGACCUGUUGUAUCUGCAGAGAAGGCUACAAGUUCCAGCCUACGAAAGUUCUUGGUAUCUACACAUUCACCAAGCGAGUCUCCCUGGAGGAGACGGAGAACAAACCUCGGAAGCAGUACGCGUACAGCACCGUGUCUCACUUCAACAUCGUACACUACGACUGUCACCUCGCUGCUGUCAGGCUAGCACGUGGACGGGAAGAAUGGGACAGCGCAGCCCUGCAGAACGCCAACACGAAGUGCAACGGGCUGCUUCCAGUCUGGGGUCCCCAUGUGCCGGAGUCGGCGUUCGCCACCUGUUUGGCCAGGCACAACACUUACCUACAGGAGUGUACGGGGCAGCGGGAGCCCACCUACCAGCUCAACAUCCACGACCUGAAGCUGCUGUUCCUGCGCUUUGCUAUGGAGCAGUCCUUCAGCGCCGAAUCGGGGGGCGGAGGACGAGAAAGCAACAUACACCUGAUCCCUUACAUCAUCCACACCGUGCUCUACGUCCUCAACACAACUCGGGCCAUAUCCCGCGAGGAAAAAAAUGUCCAGAAUUUCCUGGAACAGCCCAAAGAGAAGUGGGUGGAAAGUGCCUACGAGGUGGAUGGCCCCCAUUAUUGUACAGUCUUAGCGCUACAUCUCCUGCCGACGGAAAAAUGGAAAACCAUCCGCAUAGAUGUACUGCGGCGGCUGCUUGUCGUCAGCCACUUGCGGGCGGUCUCCCCCGGAGGGGCAACCAGAUUGACAGAAAAAGCGGUGAAAGACUAUUCGGUAUAUCGGUCCAGCCUGCUCUUUUGGGCCCUGGUUGACCUCAUUUACAGCAUGUUUAAGAAGGUACCGAUAAGUAACACAGAAGGAGGCUGGUCCUACUCCCUGGCGGAUUACAUCCGGCUCAACGACAUGCCCAUCUACGAGGCCGCAGACCGAGCCUUGAAGACGUUCCAGGACGAGUUCAUGCCCGUAGAAUCUUUUUCAGAGUUCAUGGAUGUGGCUGGUCUUUUAUCUGAAAUCAGCGACCCUGACAGCUUUCUUAAGGAUCUUUUGAACUCUGUUCCUUGAGCUCCCAUGAGAGAGGAGAGCCUGCUUUUAGCCUGUGGAUUGCGCUGUUUUCCUCCCCUGGGUGUUGCAGUAAUGUUUUUCCUACAUUUUUUAUUUUUAUUUUGUUGUGUGUGUUUUUGGUGAACAUGGGGGAGUGAGGGACGUUAGCUCGUUUGCUGUCUCGGAGACCUGCCGUUAACCCUGCAGUCUCUCUUCUUGCGGCAAAAAAAACACUUUAUCUUCAGUUUCAGAAACCUUCGUGUCAUCACAUAAAUCCAGAUAUAGCUGCCCACGCUGGGUGCCACAUUGUGUGUGUUUUAGUGCGUUUGUGUGAGUUUCCGAUACAGUGACGGACAAUUGGAAGCCAAAGUAAACCGCAAAGCGACACUUUACUGCCAACGAGAAUUCCCAGGACGGACACCAUCAUCUCUGCGCUAUCUGCAUGAAAUUUCCAGCCCACCAAAGAAAAUAUUGCAUGCCCACUUUCUUUAAAACAUGUUCUUUUGUGUCCUGGGGGCAACCGGUAGGGGGGCUCAAUGGAAACCAGUCUGGGGCAGCGAUCCAAGCGUGCUGCGGUCUUCUCCUUCCUCUGCGGACCCCUGUGUUCCUACAGACAGUACUACAGAAGAACCCAGUCCUUUCUAGAUGUGUUUUGAUGACAAUCUUGCUAUCACACUGCGUGGAGUCAGGCUGAAGCAGCCGGAGCUUGGUGUGAAACCAGUGUUGUGUUUGAUGAUUUGGCAUCUCACUGUUCGUGUCCAUUUGUGCAGUCUGCUCACUGGUAAAGGAGUCUCCGCAACGGGGCGUCUCGGCAGUCAAUUAACAUGUAACCAGCUGUUGUCUGCUUAAGAUAAAAUGUAAUAAAGCUUUUGUUUCUCA